UAGAGGAAAAAAAAGGAGAAAUUUACUCGGAGGUAUUAUAACUAUCGCAACAGUUGGAAGUACAAAGACCCAACUGCAGCGUGCGACGAACUUUCUCUCUCUUCCCCCCCUCCCUUCGCCUAAGCGCCCCCUCCCUUUCAGGAGGGAGGAAAAAACUUUUUCAGCCAAUCAACAGUGUGCCAGCCCUUCUGAGGCAGGUCUGCCAUUGGCGUUUCUAAGGUGAAAUAGCAGACGAGAGUAUUUAUUAAAGAGAGCUGGAGUGAGCGUUAGGAGAGCUGAGGUUGAUACUAACUUGGUGAUUUGGGGAGCCUUCAAACUUUUUUCGCGCCCCCUCCCCCAAGCCGAGGAAUUCGUCCCCUUCUUUCGAAAGGGGUGAAAAAAAUCUCCACCCCGUUCAACUUCACUUGCCGUCCCACCAGCUCCGCUUUCAUCGUCCGCGAACGGAUCAGCAGUUGUCCACAUGUCUGUUUCUUGAGACAAGCUUUCUGCAGCGGCGACUUCGCAACGCGCCCGCGACCCGAGUUUCUGCAAAGCCGUAGCUCUUCGCGCGCGUGUCGUUUUGCAUUGGCGCGUGCAAACUUUUUCUUGCCUCCUUUUCCAGCUGUCUAAAAAGACGUCGCUCUUUCUGAUUGUUUAACCCCCUCCCCGCUCUCCUCCCCCGCCUCUUCCACCCCUCCGCCUCGAUUUUCAUUUCCCCCCAUAUUUUGGCUUCGCCGUUUUCUCGCAUGAAUCUCCUCGACCCCUUCAUGAAGAUGACCGAAGAGCAGGAAAAGUGUCUGUCUGGCGCUCCCAGCCCGACCAUGUCGGAGGAUUCCGCGGGGUCUCCUUGCCCUUCGGGCUCCGGAUCGGACACCGAGAACACGAGACCCCAAGAGAACACCUUCCCCAAAAACGACCAGGACCUGAAGAAAGAGAGCGACGAGGACAAGUUCCCGGUGUGCAUCCGAGAAGCCGUCAGCCAGGUCCUCAAGGGCUACGACUGGACCCUGGUGCCCAUGCCCGUCCGGGUGAACGGAUCCAGUAAGAACAAGCCCCACGUCAAGCGCCCCAUGAACGCUUUUAUGGUGUGGGCUCAGGCGGCUCGGAGGAAGCUCGCGGACCAGUACCCGCACCUGCACAACGCGGAGCUGAGCAAGACGCUGGGGAAGCUCUGGAGGUAAAGGGAAAGCCCGCCUCGGGCGCCCGGGCGGGUGAAAGCGGGCUGGGGAGGAAGCGGCUCCGGGCUGCUCCCAGGAAAGGGCGCGAAGCCUGG